GGUUGCGUUACCGUGCAGAGUCGAUUUUGUAUAGCUUCGUGGUUGUCAAACAGAGAGCUGGAAUUAGUUUGCGCAAGGUAGAGAAACUAGCGGGCUUUAUACUCGUGAAGGUUUUUUUUUUUGUUGUGUUUGCGAAUCUAGCUUGCGUGCUGUUGCUUGGAAAAGAGGAAUCAGCGAGAACUAUACUGAGCUUUUGAUUCAGUUGGACAGGUUGGAGUUUUUUCAGUAAGAGAAGAAAAGAUGAGUGGAAACGCAUACUACGAACUAUACCGACGAAGCAGCAUUGGCGUUGCGUUGACUGAUGCGUUGGAUGAAUUGAUCAAGGACUCCAAGAUCCAGCCACAGCUUGCCAUGAAGAUCCUAUCCACCUUCGACCGAUGCAUCACCGAGAUCCUUUCAGACCAAGCGAAAGCAACACGGCUGUCAUUCAAAGGCCACCUCGACAUCUACCGGUUCUGCGACGACGUGUGGACGUUUAUAAUCAAAGACGUGCAUUUCAAGAUGGAAGGAAACGAGCAGGUGGUGGGUGAGAAGAUCAAGAUCGUGGCGUGUAAUUAUAAAAAGCCGGGUGAGCCUUGAUCUCUCGCGUUCUGAUUUGAGUGAGGGUUGGUAUUGGGCUUUGUCUACAAUUGUUAAGUGGGUUUUUCGAUGGUGGUCCUUUUCUUUGCAAAUAUGAAUAAUUACUGCAUGUGUAUUGGCAUAGGUUCUAUAGUUUUUGUUUUUAUUCUCUUGUUUUAGUUUCUUGUUUUAAUGGAAUUUUGGUUUGGGAUUGCUACACGCCACUGUAAAGCGCUACAGUUCA